UGUGUGCUCAGGUCCGCCACUUGUUCUGAUUCACCAUGGGCUCAAACUCCUCCACUGUCAGCUCCUCUCCUCUCAACUCCUCUCCUCUGAAGUGCCCCAUCUGUCUGGACACCUUCACUCAGCCCGUGUCCACCCCGUGUGGACACAACUUCUGCAAGGGCUGCCUGGACACAUACUGGAGUGGCUCUACGGUGGUCAAAUGUCCUCUGUGUCAGCAGGUCUUCUCCAGCAGACCACAGCUGAGCACCAACGUUCUGCUGAGGGACCUGCUUCCACCUCAGGACUGUCCACAGGCCUCCCCCACUCAGCCCUCCCCUCCUCCUGACGUCCAGUGUGGGCCGUGUGCAGUCGGGGGCAGGAGUGUGCGGGCGGUGCGCUCCUGUCUGCACUGUGAGGAGUCCUACUGCUCUGAGCACCUGCGCGGCCACCAGAGGGAGCCCCAACUCAUGGUACAUGAACUGCUGAAACCUGUGCACCGCCUGCAGGCCAGAGUGUGUAAGCAGCACUCCUCUCCUCUGGACCUGGUGUGUCACGAUCACCUCACGGCUGUGUGUGUGACCUGCAUCAGCUCAGAACAUCAAGACCACAGAUGUGUUCCUCUGAAGAACCGCCUGAGGAACAAGAAGGCUCAGGUGGAACAGGAGCUGGGUGAAGUGCAGCAGAAGAUCCAAGAGAGAAGAGCCCUGAUGGAGAAGUACACUGAGACCGAGAACAUCUUGGAGAAGAACGCGGUUUCAGAUGUUGCAGACGUGAUGAUGCUCACGGGGCUGAUGCAGGAGCUUCUCAAACUGAAGCAGGCGGCAGUGGUGGCUGCACUCCUCCAUCUGAAGAAAAAGAACUCAGACCAAACAGAGAACAUGAAGAAGAAGCUGCAGACUGAGGUCCAACAGCUGGAGAGAAGACAAGGGACGCUCACGAGGCUGUCCCAGGCCGAGGACGGACUGCACCUACUGCAGAACUGGGCGUCUCUGGGAGUAGCCCCACACCUGGAGGACUGGUCCCACAUCAGUCCUUACAGUGACUCUGCAGUGGGGACGUCUCGGAGCGCUCUGCUCAAAAUACUGGCGGAGAUGGGUGUUGCAGUGAAGGAGGGAAUGAAGGCUCUGGAGACUAAAGAGGUCAGGAGAGUCCGGCAGUACGCAGUGCAGGUGACUCUGGACAUGGACACUGCUCACACAGCCCUGCAGCUCUCCUCUGAUGGCAGAGAGGUGUGUCACGCUGAAGUAGUCCAGACCCUCCCCGAUCUGCCCCAGCGCUUCGACACUCUCACAGGGGUGCUCUCCAAACAGGGCUACUCCUCAGGGACCUUCUACUUCGAGGUCCAGGUGGAGGAUGUUGCAUCUUGGGAGAUUGGAAUUGCCUUGGAGACAGCGGACAGAAAAGGUCCGAUUACACCGCACCUCAGCACGGGCUUCGCCGUCCUCACUCUCCUGGACGGCACCCUGACCGCCAGUGACCGCCCUCCUAAGGAGAUCCACACCCCCCACACCCCCCAAAAGAUCGGGGUCUUCGUCAGCAUCGAGGAGGGUGAGGUGGGCUUCUACGACGUCACCCACAGCACACACAUCUACUCCUUCACCAGCUGCUCCUUUCCUCGGGUCAAACUCCACCCCUACGUCAACCCGUCCCCCCAGCAGAGGGUGAGCGCGGGCAGGCUGCUGCUCACAGCAGUCACAGACUCCUGAAAAUGUGCUGUUUAAACCCAUUUUGUAUUUUUUAGUAUUCAAACGAUCUAAAAACUUUUAUUUGUCACCAUAGUAACUGACAGAGGUGGGACCAAGUUGUUGUUUUGCGAGUCUUAAGUAAGUCUCAAGUCUUUGACUUCAAGUCUGAGUCAAGUCCCAAGUCAAAUACAGACAAGUCCAAGUCGAGUCUUGAGUCACUGGCCCAUAAGUCUAAGUCAAGUCCAAGUCAUCUGCUUUGAGCUUCAAGUCAUUUCAAGUCUUUAAACCAAA